UUUAAAUAAAGUUGGAGUUAUUUGAACAACAUGGCGGCGCCCGUGUAGCGGUGUGAAUCUGUCAGAUGUAUAUCGUGUAUUAACGCGGCACCAAAAUGAAGCUGUGAAUGAAUAAAUAAUAUUGAUGACACUGAACGGAUCGCAAUACAUCGUUUGUCGUAGUCAUGCCGCUGGCUGUGUGGAGGGCUGGUGUGUGUCUGCGGAGGCUCGGCGUCCGCAGUCUGUGCAGUGAGUCGGGGGUCUGGGAGCGUGAUUAUAAGGCGGAGACGCGGCGGCGGGUGGAGCAGCGGUGGCACGGCCGCAUACAGGAACAGUGGCAGAGAGAUGCGGCGGAUCAGAGCUCGCGGAAGAAGUUCUAUGUCCUCUCCAUGUUCCCGUACCCAUCGGGUCGGCUGCAUAUGGGCCACGUGAGGGUUUACACCAUUAGCGACACCAUCAGCCACUUCCAGAGGAUGAGGGGCCAUCAGGUGUUGAACCCAAUGGGCUGGGAUGCAUUUGGUCUGCCGGCUGAGAACGCCGCCAUCGAACGCGGCCUGGACCCGGAGGACUGGACCAAAAGUAAUAUUGAGUCCAUGCGGAAGCAGCUGGACAGUCUGGGGCUCUGCUUUAAUUGGGAUCGGGAGGUCACUACAUGUCUGCCCGAUUACUAUAAGUGGACUCAGUAUCUGUUCAUCAAGCUGUUUGAGGCUGGACUGGCCUAUCAGAAAGAGGCGCUGGUGAACUGGGACCCAGUGGAUCAGACGGUUCUGGCAGAUGAGCAGGUGGAUGAGAGCGGCCGCUCGUGGAGGUCUGGAGCUCCUGUGGAGCAGAAGCUGCUGAAGCAGUGGUUCAUCAAAACCACCAACUAUGCCAAGCCUCUUCUUGAUGCUUUGGCAGAUCUCCCUGAAUGGUAUGGAGUCAAAAGCAUGCAGGCCAACUGGAUUGGCGACUGCUCAGGCUGCUUUUUCAACCACAUAUUGAAGGAGGAUGGUCGUGACUCAGGGGAGGUGUUGUCUGCAUACACUUGUUCUCCAGAGGCCGUGUUCGGAGCGGCUUAUGUCUCAGUCCUGCCCUCCCACCGGCUGUUGCACGGCUCCAGUGCCCUCAAAACAGCUCUGCUCAGAGCCCUGAGACCCGGCAGAGACAGCCUGACCGAGGUCACGGCCCUCAACGUGUUCACCGGCCGCGAGGUUCCAGUGGUGAUUUCCGGCAAGAAUGAGUUUGAUGGACAUCUGGACGCUGUGAUAGGCAUCCCAGAGAGCAGAGAGGAGGACACAGAGUUGGCUCAGUCUCUGGGUUUGAGCUGGAACUCUGUUCUGAAGACAGAAGACGACGGAACGCAGACUCUAAUAAACUCAGAUGAGUUCACAGGUCAAAGCCCGGGAGAAGCUUUUAACUCUGUUACCCAGAAAGCCCGGGAGAGGAAUACUGGUGGAUACCUCACUAGUGCCAAAUUACGUGAUUGGCUGAUCUCGAGGCAGCGCUACUGGGGCACACCCAUUCCCAUAGUGCACUGCGGCACCUGCGGGCCUGUGCCAGUUCCAGAGGAGGAGCUGCCAGUCAUGCUACCUAAAGUACCGUCCCUCACAGGAAAGGGGGCGUCUCCCUUAAAGACGGCACGGGAUUGGCUGAGAUGCCAGUGUCCGAGGUGUAAAGGGCCGGCGGAGAGAGAAACAGACACCAUGGACACCUUUGUGGAUUCCUCCUGGUACUAUUUCAGAUACACUGACCCUCAGAACCCGCUGAGGCCUUUCGAGCGCUCUCGAGCGGAUCACUGGAUGCCUGUGGAUGUUUAUAUCGGAGGGAAGGAGCACGCCGUCAUGCACCUGUACUACGCACGCUUCCUCAGCCACUUCUGCAGAGACCAGGGCAUGGUUUCACACAGGGAGCCCUUCAGAAAGCUGCUGGUCCAGGGUCUGAUAAAGGGACAGACGUUCAGGGUGGAAGAGACCGGCCAGUACCUCAAGAAAGAGGACAUCGACUUCACAGGUCCGGAGCCCGUCCAGAGGGCCACCGGCAGCCGACUGCAGGUCACAUGGGAGAAGAUGAGUAAAUCCAAACACAACGGGCUGGACCCACAGGAGGUGCUGCAGCAGUACGGCCUCGACACCAUGCGCCUCUACCUCCUGUACGCCGCUCCACCCGAGCAGGACAUCUUAUGGGACGUCAAGACUGAUGCCAUCCCAGGCGUGUUGCGAUGGCAGGCCCGUCUGUGGGGUUUGGUCACCAAACUGAGAGCAGCACGCGAGGGUCCAGAGACGCCCAACUCGUCUGUCCUCAACAAGAGAGAGCGAUCAGAGGCCAGGAAGAUCUGGGAGAACAAGAACUACGCCAUCACACAGGUCACAGGUCACUUCACAGAGGACUUCCUGUUUAAUGCGGCCAUCUCUCGGCUCAUGGGCCUGACCAACACACUCUCACAAGCCUCGUCUCGGGUGGUUCUGCACAGCGUGGAGUUUGAGGAGGCUUUGGCAUCGCUCUGUGUGAUGGCGGCACCCAUGUGUCCACACAUAGCUUCUGAACUCUGGGCAGGUUUGUCUCAGGUGAGGAAUCCUCUAGGAAGUGUGCUGUCGGGGAAGGGAAGUGUCCUUCAGCAGCCGUGGCCUAGUGUGGAUCCAGAGUACCUACAAACACCCGACACACUGCAGCUGUCCGUACGGAUCAAUAAUAAGGUGUGUGGGAGUGUAUCUGUACCUCGUGAAGUGGCUCAGGAUGCACAGAAGGUUCAGGAACUGGUGCUGAACAGCCCCCUGGGUGCCCGUCUGCUCUCUGAGCGUGUCAUUAAGAAGGCCAUCCUCUCGCCCAGAACAGCCCUCAUCAACUUCCUGGUGGACGAAUGACACGAUGUGCCUUAUAGGAGUUCUGAUUUCAGAAUGGCCCACACGUGAAAAGACUGAUAUCCACAGAGCCACGUCAGGAUUUUUGAAAAGGAAGCAAAAAAGGACAUGGUGUACAGAGUAAUUUUUUCAGUUUUACAAGAUGUUCUUGUUGAGUUGAAUAUGAAAAUGGCUAAAUAAAGAGGAUUUUAAGCGA